AGGCGAUAUGUGGGGGAGAUUUUGGACAAAUCUGUACCCUUUGACAGUCCCCUUUGGAGAGAAACCAAGCAUAGAUGUUACCAAAGAAAUGCAGAACCAGUCCUGGGAUGCAAAGAGGAUAUUCAAGGAGGCUGAGAAGUUCUUUGUGUCUAUUGGCCUUCCUAAUAUGACUCAAGAAUUCUGGGUUAACUCCAUGCUAACUGAGCCAGGCGAUGGCCGGAAAGUGGUCUGCCACCCCACAGCAUGGGACCUGGGGAAGGGUGACUUCAGGAUCAAAAUGUGCACAAAGGUGACGAUGGAUGACUUCCUGACAGCCCAUCACGAGAUGGGGCACAUCCAGUAUGACAUGGCGUAUGCCACACAGCCCUUCCUGCUCAGAAAUGGAGCUAAUGAAGGUUUCCAUGAAGCUGUUGGGGAAAUCAUGUCACUUUCUGCAGCUACACCUCACUAUUUGAAAGCCCUUGGUCUUCUGCCACCUGAUUUUUAUGAAGACAAUGUAACAGAAAUAAACUUCCUGCUCAAACAAGCACUUCAAAUUGUUGGAACUCUACCGUUUACUUACAUGUUAGAAAAGUGGAGGUGGAUGGUCUUUAAGGGUGAAAUACCCAAGGAGCAGUGGAUGCAAAAGUGGUGGGAGAUGAAGCGAGAGAUAGUCGGGGUGGUGGAGCCUCUGCCCCAUGACGAAACAUACUGUGACCCCGCGUGUCUGUUCCAUGUUGCUGAAGAUUACUCAUUCAUCCGAUAUUACACAAGGACCAUUUAUCAAUUCCAGUUUCAUGAAGCCCUUUGUCAAACAGCUAAACAUGAAGGUCCCCUGUACAAAUGUGAUAUCUCGAAUUCCACCGAAGCUGGGCAAAGGCUGCUCCAAAUGCUGCAUCUUGGAAAAUCAGAACCCUGGACCUUAGCAUUGGAAAAUAUUGUGGGAGUAAAGACUAUGGACGUAAAACCACUGCUCAACUACUUUGAGCCGUUGUUGACCUGGCUGAAAGAGCAGAACAGGAAUUCGCCUGUGGGAUGGAGCACAGACUGGACUCCAUAUUCUGACCAAAGCAUCAAAGUGAGGAUAAGCCUAAAAUCAGCUCUUGGAGAAAAAGCUUAUGAAUGGAAUGACAAUGAAAUGUACUUGUUCCAGUCGUCUGUUGCAUACGCCAUGAGAGAGUAUUUUUCAAAAGUCAGAAACGAGACCAUUCCUUUUGGGGAGAAGGACGUGUGGGUGAGUGACUUGAAACCAAGAAUCUCCUUCAACUUCUUUGUCACUACACCUAAAAAUGUGUCUGACAUCAUUCCUAGAACUGAAGUUGAAGAGGCCAUCAGGAUGUCCCGGGGCCGUAUCAAUGAUGCUUUCCGCCUGGAUGACAACAGCCUGGAGUUUCUGGGGAUUCAGCCGACGCUGGGACCCCCUUAUGAGCCACCUGUCACCAUAUGGCUGAUUAUCUUUGGGGCCGUGAUGGGAGUGGUAGUGAUUGGCAUUGCCGUGCUCAUCUUCACUGGGAUCAGAGAUCGAAGAGAGAAAAGUCAAGCAAGCAGUGAAGAAAAUCCUUAUAUCUCCAUGGACUUGAGUAAAGGAGAAAAUAAUUCAGGAUUCCAAAAUAGUGGUGAUGUUCACACUUCGUUUUAGAAAAAUCUCUUUUAUUUCCUCUUGAGGUGAUCUUAUUGUAUGUAAAUGUUAAUUUCACAGUACAGAACAUAGGAGAUUAUAAGGAUGUCAUUAAAUGUCAAAGCUAUGGCUCUGUUCAGGAAAAGCUGUCCAAAGAAGACAUGCCUGAGGAGAGGGCAUCUUCACUUGCAUCGCCUUUAGUAUUUGUUUCUGCCUCAGGAUUUGACUUUUCUGUCUCCUGAAAGAGGUGUUUCUAUUUGAGAAUAGAGAAAGUUUGUCUUUGGCCUCACACGCUGCUCGGGGGUAAUAGAAAUGGAAAUGUCCACUGUGUUGCUGGAAUUGAAAAAAAAGGAGACAUGGCAGGAGCAGGUGUUGGGCUCUGGUGUGGAACCUGGGUGGAUCGCUCUUAAAGACGGUGCCUGUGAACAGAUGGAGCUGCAGGGACGGAGAACAGCACGCACUGUUCACUUGGAUUUAAUUCAAGUGGAAAGGAUGUCAUGCUCUCUUCACAUUAACUUGAUCUAAGUACUCUAGUGAUUUCCCCCAGUGAUGGUUGGACUGGAACAUGCCUUCUUCAGGGUGACAGGGCUACAGAAGAGAGAAGAAUCCAGAGAGCCAUUGAAGGACACUGCCUUCUCACUUCCAAGCUGCUUGAUCACCAUCUUCCUGACCACAUCAAACUAGCCCCAGGGGCCUCCGUGAACCCCCCUCCAGAGCACCCGUGAUAGAAACUCACUUCCGUUGCUCUCUAACUGUGGAGUGCAUGGAGAUCCCAACUGAAUGUCACCCUCUGAAGUGGGCUCCCAAUCUCUUAAAUCUUUUGUAUUUGCCCACAAUGUCUGAGUAGUGCUGAGCACGAAGCAGACACUCAGUAAAUACUCGAUUUACACA